GGCAAACUGGGGUCAGGCGGCUCUGCCACGUCCGUCUUGCACCCCCGUCUUGCGUCCCCGUCUUGCGUCCCUCAUCCUGCUCGCACCCAUCUUAACUCUAACGGCACCGGCACCAGCACUAGCACCAUGUUUAGGUGGUUCGAAACCAAGCCCUCUGGCCCGAUUUAUGACUUGCUCGCUACGGCCACCGACUCUCGCAAUGCUGAAGUCGACUGGGUCCCGGCCUACGCGGUGCUCGAGCAAGUUCAAGAGAGUCCUGAAGGACCCAGCUUGGCUGCCAAAGCCAUCCGCUUCCUCUUGUUCUCGUCGGACCCAGUGGUGGCAAGCAACACCAUCGAUGUCCUCAACAUGUUCAUGACAAACGGGCCACAGCAGCUCAAGCUUGAGUAUAUCAAGCCCGACUUUCAGAAGAAUUACAGCCGAUUCAUCGACCGACAGGCCUCCAACAGAGAAAAUAUCUUCAAGCUGCUCUUCUACAUCGGCUCUUGGCUCGACAAGCUCGAGGAUCCCUUGAUGUCCGAGGAGCUUGGCCAGUACUGCAGCAGCCUUGCGAGCAAAGGAAUUCGCAUCCCAAGAUCGGCCCAGGAGACGGUGUUUGUCACCGAGGGCACUAGCAACAUCCCCGAUCGAUCUAGUUCUAUCCAAGUCGAUCCGGCUCGUGUCGACCACGAUGUCGAAACGACCAUGAGCCAAAUCCAGGUUUUUGACGAGGCCCUCAACUUUGCGGAUCCCGACCAAGAUCUCUCAACCAACGAGGUUAUACAGGAGUUCUACGCGCAAUUGGUCAAGUCCCGCGAUGAUAUUGCGAACGUGAUUCCGAGAAUCAUGGAUGACACGAUUGUCGCCAAGCUUAUCGGCGCCAAUGAGGCGAUCGCUGGUGCCAUCAACCGGUAUCAGAAUGCUCUGGACCAGCGCAACGUGGAAAAAAUGAAGAAGAUCUCGGAGCGGGAAUACGAGGCCGAGGCGAUUCAGAAGCAGAAUGAGAUGCGAGAGCUGGAACAAGUCUUUGCGCUCGAUGCUAGCGCUGCCCAAGGCAGCCAAGGAGUUGGAAGCUCGGGUCUAGGAAGCCUCGGCAUCGACUUUGGGGCUGGCUCGCUCGGCUUUUCGAGUGCAAGCGAAAACGCUGUCGGUAGCUCGGCUUCCAGCCAGAUCAGCCCUUUCGACUCAUCGUACGUCUCGGUCACGAAGGAACAGGCCACGGGCACCCCAAGCGGCUUGGGGAGCAGUUCAUCGCCGAACACGCGCGACCAGCGGGUGAUUGCCGAGGAGUUUGACCUCGUCGAAGAAUUCGAGGGUCCGCCGGUGGUAUCCGAGAAAAUGCUGGGCAAACGACGUGCCGAGUGAGACCAGCAGCGAUACGAUCGAUCCAAGCCCGCGCCGAUAAUGCCCGCUUCAUGACGAAAGGAGCGGGGAAUCCCGUCGCCAUUCUGGGUCGCAUGGCCAUUCUAUUUUUUUGAUUCGGCACUCAUAUUUUGUACAAAGCAAACAUGUUUUCCUUGGGCCGUCCUUCACGGAGACAUUCUCAGUCGUUCAGCGAGGCGCUGCUAUUUAUGCUGAGAGCUAUGUCGAUGUGCGAGUCACCAAGAGAAUCAAAGAAACCACACUCCCUGCAAGUAGUGGCAUUUGGAGAGGCCUUU